CUUCUGUAAAUAAAAAAAAUUGAAUACUGUAUAAUUAUGAUUUAAUUUUGCCGGCUGAAUAAUCUUGUGCCACACAAUGGAGAAAUAAGGCUGAAAUUUUGGGGGGGAUCAGGGGGGGUGGGUCAACUAAAUUUGAAAUACAAAUUGUCAACAUAAAAAAUCCAAAUGCAACCAGAAACGUUGUAGUCGUUCUCCUGUUUGAGGCGCCAGAUUGCAUGUUCAACAUAGAGGCAACCUUGCCAAAUAUAUCGCAUGCAAUUGCAAAAAUGGAUGGGACCAAAUGGAGGAUGUUAUCCGUGCCUUUAUUGCACACAAACUGCGAAGGAAAUCAAAGAUGGAGAAACACCAACAGAACACCGGACAUUAAAGCAAAUAAACAAUGAUUAUGCAAAAUUUAUAGAAGAUGGAAGAAAGGAAAUGGCCAAAGAAGUAUCAAGAUGUGUCAUAAGGAAGCCCUUAGUAGACACUGAAAUUGAUCAUGUUUCUGUUCCGUCUCUUCAUGUAUCUUUGGGGAUUUUCAAGAAGCUAUAUGAGAAGCUGGAAACAGAUGCCCAUGAAAUCGACAUGAUUGUAUACAAUUCUCAAGUAAAUAUUGCAAAAAAUGAUGAUGAUGAUGAUGACGAUGAUGAAUUAGAUGAUUUCAGUGAGCGAAUAAAGAUUCAAGUAAAAGAAAAAUCAGAUUUGAAGCAAAAGAGAGAGAAACUGAUAGAAGAAAUUGAAGAUGGGCUUCCUAAGCUUCUACCAAGGAGAUGACAAAAAAUCUAUUGAGAAAGAAAUCAAAAAGAUAAUAAAGGCAAAGGAAGAAAUGUCUAAAAUUGACAAACUUCUAGAUAAUGACUUGCCAUUUGGCACAGGCCCCAUCGUUAAUGCACUGGAUGAAUUUCUGCAACGUAACAAAAUUCAACGGCAACAAUAUCAUGGAAAGGCUUUCAAUGGCAACCAUGUGCAUAAAGCACUACAGGUUCCAGUAAUACAUGAUUUAUUCAAAGUUCCAAAAGAAGUUGUAAAAAGCAAAAUAGAAGAUAAGAUUGGCAUUGGAAAAAUGAGGCUAGUAGCCACAAAAUUAAAGAAGCUUGAAGAAAUCAAAGACCUAUUUUUGCUAUAUGGAGAAGUUCACAAUAGCAUGAACCAUUGCAACUUCAUGAAUGAUGCAGAAAUUUAUCAUCUUGCAACAUACAUUAAGAAAUUUAUGGUUUCAUACAGAACAACUGGGAUGUCAGUGACGCCAAAAUUACAUAUGCUUGAGCAGCAUGUGAUAGAACAAGUGAAAAAAUGGCACUUUGGGCUUGGCCUACUUGGAGAACAGGGCGGAGAAGCAAUUCAUGCUGUGUUCAACAAACGAAGACGGUUUGUUAGUGGAAUGCCUGACAAAGCCAAACAGAAUUUGUCCAUAAUGAGGGCACACUUCACAACAACGAUACCCGUUAUACAAAAUGAGGUUGUGCAGCCAAAGCGGAGAAAACGCGCAAUCGCUGAAGAAUAAACCAAGUGUCCAAUGCUACAGUGUCAGUCACCAAUGAAGUGAACCUGAAACAAUUUGAAUGUUGAUUGAUAUAUUUGUUGAUAUAAAUCGUAUAUGCUAUUUUAGCAAACAGUGAUGGCAUUUUGUG